ACGACUAGCAGGGAGCGUCAGGAGCACGCCCAGGCCUCCGCAGCAGACCCUCCUUCAGCCCCGACGCCAGACGCCCAGACGGCUCCGCCUCCGCCGUCCGCACCCUGCCCGCCGCCGCCGCCGCCGCGAUGCUCGCCCGCGCCCUGCUGCUCUGCGCGGCCUUGGCGCUCAGCCAAGCAGCAAAUCCUUGCUGUUCCAACCCAUGUCAAAACCGAGGUGUAUGUAUGACCGUGGGAUUCGACCAGUAUAAGUGUGAUUGUACCCGGACAGGAUUUUAUGGUGAAAACUGUUCAACACCUGAAUUUCUGACAAGAAUAAAAUUAUUACUGAAGCCCACGCCAAACACAGUGCACUACAUACUCACCCACUUCAAGGGAGUCUGGAACAUCGUCAAUAACAUUCCCUUCCUCCGAAACACAAUUAUGAGAUAUGUGUUAACAUCCAGAUCACAUCUGAUUGAUAGUCCACCAACUUAUAAUGUACACUACGGCUACAAAAGCUGGGAAGCCUUCUCUAACCUCUCCUAUUAUACCAGAGCCCUUCCUCCUGUGGCCGAUGACUGCCCAACUCCCCUGGGUGUGAAAGGGAAGAAGGAGCUUCCUGAUUCAAAAGAGGUUGUGGAAAAACUUCUUCUAAGAAGAAAGUUCAUCCCCGAUCCCCAGGGCACAAAUUUGAUGUUUGCGUUCUUUGCCCAGCAUUUUACCCAUCAAUUUUUCAAGACAGAUAUUGCACGAGGACCAGCUUUCACCAAAGGGCUAGGCCAUGGGGUGGACUUAAAUCACGUUUAUGGUGAAACUCUGGAUAGACAGCAUAAACUGCGCCUCUUCAAGGAUGGAAAAAUGAAGUAUCAGAUAAUUGAUGGAGAAGUGUAUCCUCCCACAGUCAAAGAUACUCAAGCAGAGAUGAUCUACCCCCCUCACGUCCCUGAACACCUGAAGUUUGCUGUGGGGCACGAGGUCUUCGGUCUGGUGCCCGGUCUGAUGAUGUACGCCACAAUCUGGCUUCGGGAACAUAACAGAGUGUGCGACGUGCUUAAGCAGGAGCAUCCAGAAUGGGAUGACGAGAGGUUGUUCCAGACCACCAGGCUGAUACUGAUAGGAGAGACGAUUAAGAUUGUGAUUGAGGAUUAUGUACAGCACCUGAGUGGCUAUCACUUCAAACUGAAGUUUGACCCAGAGCUGCUUUUCAACCAACAAUUCCAGUACCAAAACCGUAUCGCUGCUGAGUUUAACACACUCUAUCACUGGCAUCCCCUUCUGCCGGACACCGUUCAAAUUGAUGACAACCAAUACAACUAUCAACAGUUUAUCUACAACAACUCUAUAUUACUGGAACAUGGACUGACCCAGUUUGUUGAAUCAUUCACCAAACAAAUUGCUGGAAGGGUUUCUGGUGGCAGGAAUCUUCCAUCUGCAGUACAAAAAGUAGCAAAGGCCUCAAUUGACCACAGCAGACAGAUGAGAUACCAGUCUUUCAAUGAGUACCGCAAGCGCUUUUCGCUGAAGCCCUAUUCAUCAUUUGAAGAACUUACAGGAGAGAAGGAAAUGGCUGCAGAGCUGGAAGCCCUCUAUGGUGACGUUGAUGCUAUGGAGUUUUAUCCUGCCCUUCUGGUGGAAAAGCCUCGUCCGGAUGCCAUCUUUGGGGAGACCAUGGUGGAAGUUGGAGCACCAUUCUCCUUGAAAGGACUUAUGGGUAAUGCUAUAUGUUCUCCUGACUACUGGAAGCCGAGCACUUUUGGUGGAGAAGUAGGUUUUAAAAUCAUCAACACUGCCUCAAUUCAGUCUCUCAUCUGCAAUAAUGUGAAGGGCUGUCCCUUUACCUCAUUCAACGUUCCAGACCCAGAGCUCACCAAAACAGUCACCAUAAAUGCAAGCGCCUCUCGCUCUGGACUAAACGAUAUCAAUCCCACAGUACUGCUGAAAGAACGUUCAACUGAGCUGUAGAAGUCAAAUGAUCAUAUUUAUUUAUUUAUGUGAACCAUGUCUUUUAACUUAAUUAUUUAAUAUUUAUAUUAAACU